CCAUUGAGAAGAAGACUGAGGAUGUGCCCAGACGAGGAUCCUACGGCUAGCACCCCGGCUCCAGCUCCUCAAUUUGUCAAGAACGACAAUCCCCAGAACACCAAAGUACCGCUAGACGCAGCUCUGUGGAACGACACUACCUACCCGCGAAGUCUACCAACACCUCAAAGACCGCGCUGAGAAGCUUGAAGGCGCACCCAUCAGUAACGCAA